AUGUCAAGAAAUAUUGGAAAAAUACUUUUGUCAAAUAAAUUAUUAUAGAGAAAGGUGCAUUUGGCUUGGAGGUAAGCGCGAAUUGUUACAAUGUAAAUAAUUGAAAUUACAAACCUAUAAAAAUCAUCAAAUAUGCUAGAAGGCAUGCAUGCUAAUAUUGCACUUUUAAUGUAAACACUUUAGGUUGCACAGAUUAUUUAUGUGAAAAUAUUUUAGAAAUAGAAUAUUGUACUAUUGAAUCAAAUGGUACUAUUUGCACUUUGA